CAGGCAAAGGACCGAUGCGAAAGCAGUUUGAAGAGCGGAUUGCAUCACUUGCGUUGCACCAUGUGACGAUUGUGACGGCAUGGCUGCGAAUCGAAGACUAUCCACACAUGCUCGCGUCAGCAGACAUUGGUGUCAGCCUCCACCUCUCCUCAUCGGGGCUUGAUCUUCCAAUGAAGGUCGUGGACAUGUUUGGCUGCGAGCUGCCCGUGUGCGCUGUGAACUUUCCUUGCCUGCAUGAGCUGGUCAAAGAUGGCGAGAAUGGCCGCGUCUUUGACACAUCGGAGCAGCUUCAUCGACAACUCAAGGAGUUGCUGGCUGGGUUUCCUGAGAGCGCAGAGCUGAAACGCAUGCGUGCAAACUUGUCUGCCUUCACCGCGCGUGGGUGGGAUGUGACAUGGCGGGAGCGGGCGAGAGACGUGUUCGCGUCCUAAAUUACAAUAUGGUGUCGCUAACGCUUCGUAGAAAAGUGGAAAACACACCA